CGCUACCGGUGGAAGAAGGGGAAAAAUGCUUUCGAGUAUUGUAAAAGUAUCGUUUUUCCUCCUAAUUACUGCAUUUUUACAUGUCUCUUGUCUUUAUGAAGAUCAAGUUGGAAAAUUUGAUUGGACACAAAGAUAUAUAGGAAAAGUAGAGAGAUUGUAUUGGGACCAAUCAAAUCCAAGUAAAAAGCUACUGGUUACCACAGAUAAAAAUGUUUUAGCUUCAAUACAUGUCUACAAUGGAUCUAUAGCAUGGAGACAGAUAUUAGAAGACAAUGACAGAGGAACUAUUGAUGCAGUAUUCCAUCAAGAUAAAUAUUUUGUUGGUGUUUGUGGUGGAGGGAGAUAUGUUAGGAGUUGGAAAGUUGAAACUGGUGCCCUCAGCUGGGAAAAUACAGUCCAUCACAUAGCUAGACCAGGUGCUGAUAUAAAGAUCAAAGGCAAUGAUCAAGUGAUAGCACUGACACAUUAUGGAGUAUAUAGUUAUGAUUUAAUGAAUGGAAAACAGAAGUGGAAAUUUUCACUGCCAAACAGUGAUGGAACUGUAUUUGACCGUGUUAUAGUAAGAGGAAAUGAGGUAAUAGCCAUUGGUCACUUAGCUGGAGCACAUGUAACCAUAGUUAAGGCCAAUAAUGAAGGAGUUAUCAGUUCACAGAAGUCAAUUCCUGCUGCAUGGAUUUCCAAGGAAACUAGCUGUGAGGUUGUAGACAGCAGUUAUUACUUAUGCUUCAAACAGGACACCUCAACAUUACAACUGUUAGACCUGGUCAGUGGUCCUGUCUUCAAACCAACAGAUAUAUCUGAGCUUGGUCUGACUCCUUCUGGAACAGUUGUGUUGGAACCAGUUUCUAACAGGGGAGACUACUCUGAACUGUUGAUUAGACUUGGGAGAAAUGAUUUAGCUAUUUUGAAGAUAGUGAAGAAUGAGUUGCAAGUUGUUAAGCAGCUACCAAGUGUAUCAGCAGCAGAAGUGACCAAGCUGGAAAAUAAAGAAGUUCUCCUGACAUUACAGAAGUCUGGAGAUCAGGAGUUGACCUUAACUGGAUAUGACCUUGAGUCUGGAGGUGAAAUUACAGAUUUAAAACAGAAAAUAAGUGCAGGUCCAAGCCAUGGUUUGCCAUUUAAGGCAUAUGGAUAUUUAGUGAGAAAGAAAGAUGGUAGAAUUGGAUACAAACUGGCUUUACAGUCAGAAGAUUACUCUCUACAGAUGGUACAGAAAAUGGGUAAAGUAUCAUGGACUAAUGAGGAAGCUAUGGCAUACAUCAUGUCUGUGGAAAUGAUUGACCUUCCUGUGUCUGAAAACCAGGCCAAAUUUGAAGAAGAGUUUGGAUCUCACAAAGAUGAUAUCGGAACUAUGUUUGUAAAGAGAUUAAGUACACAACUCUCUCAAUUAAAGACGUUUUUGCAAAAACAGCUUCACAAACUUCAAGGUCACAGACAUCAUUUGAUGGAAAACUCUGAUGGAUCUGUUGAAGAGGAGGAAGAUGAGGAUGAAGAUGAAGAAAUGACUAGGGAUGAAUUUAACCUGAAUAAGAUGAUUGUAAUUGUGACGUCUGCUGGGAAGAUUUAUGGAAUGAAGAGUACCAAUGGAAAAAUAGCUUGGUCCCAUUUCAUGCCUAAGUUAUCUCCCUUUGAUAGAUAUAAAAAAUCAUUACCAUUGUUUGUCCAACGUACCACAGCACAUUUCCCUAAUCCACCACAGUGUGCAAUCUUGGGCAGAGAUAUGAAAACAGGACACGGUGUAUUGUAUGCGUUUAACCCCAUCACAGGUGUGGCAUUGUCAGAUAUGCCACCUGAAGGUCUAGACCUAGGUUAUAAUGUACAACAAGCCUACAUGGUGGGGGAAAUGGAUGAGAAUUUCCUAAAAGGCAUUGUUCUAAUGGACUCUGAUAAUCAGAUCCAUGUUUAUCCUCCAAGUUACAAAUCAGUAGCAAGUAGAAUCCACUCUUCUUUAUACAUGAUGGUUGUAGAUUUAGAUAAAGGGAUGUUGAAUGGAUACAGAGUCAGCAAGGAUUUAAAAGGAGAGAAAGUUUGGAAUGUCAAUCUACAGAAGAAACAGCAAAUUAUCAAAGAUGUAGUGUUUAAAAGAUACAAUGAACAUGUUCACUCUCAAGGUCGUGUCCUUGGUGACAGAAGUGUCUUGUACAAGUACAUUAAUCCAAAUUUGGCAGUUGUUGUUGCUGAAGGAGAAGAUACAUCUAGUUCUUCACAGAAAACAGGUCCAGGAAAUUUUGUGAAUAUCUACUUAAUUGACAGUGUCAAAGGUCAUAUUGUUUUCCAUGGAAACCAUAGAAGAGCUAAAGGACCAGUUCAUAUUAUACAUAGUGAGAACUGGGUAGUGUAUGAUUAUUACAACCAGAAAAGUAGAAGGAAAGAAGUAUCAGUAUUAGAACUGUUUGAAGGAAAGGAACAGAGUAAUUCUACGGCCUUCUCAAGUCAUACUGCACCACAUGAACCACUGGUCCUCAGACAGUCCUUUAUAUUGCCCAUGCCUAUAUAUACAAUGGCUACCACUAUUACAGAGAAAGGAAUCACCAGUAAAUCUGUUUUGUUUGCAUUGGUCCAUGGAGGUCUACUGUCUUUACCCAAAGCAUUUAUAGAUCCAAGACGACCGGUCAUACCAACACAGGAAACAAUGGAGGAAGGAAUUAUACCCUAUAUACCAGAACUGCCUGUAUCAACAGAAGCUAUUAUUAACUAUAAUCAGAGUAUAUAUAACAUAAUAGGCAUACAUACAUCACCAGCUGGCCUGGAAUCUACUUCACUAGUAUUAGCAUAUGGGUUAGAUUUAUUUUUUACAAGAGUGCAACCCUCAAAAAUGUUUGAUGUACUGAAAGAAGAUUUUGACUUUUAUUUGAUAUCAUUAGUGAUGCUGGCAAUGAUUUUAGUAACACUUAUUACUCAGAAACUAGCAGCGAGAAAAGCUUUGAACAAAGCCUGGAAAUGAAUAUAUUUGUACAAGAUAUUUUACAGUGAACAGAUCUCUAUAUGAAUGUUUCAUGAUUAUGUAAAUGUUAGUGAUAUUUUUAGUUGAAGAAUAAUUAAAUAGAAAACAAUAUUAUUACAUGUAUUAUGCCAUCCAGUAAUUCCAUCUGCUUCAUAAUUCUGGGUGCUUUAUAACAUUUAAUUUAGGAAUUGCAUGAACUUAUCAAUCUAUGUCCAAACUUUACAGUUCUAGUUUAGUUUAAAAAGAACUAAGUACGUUUUUCUCUGGUAAUUUGUAUGGGCUGAUUCAUAGCUUAAAAUUCACAGAUGUAUAAUAUUUAUAGAAAAUUUGAGUUAGCAAAGAGAGAUUUGCUGGUUUGGAAUCCCUACAGAUAAUUUAUUAUUUAUAUGCUUGAGUUAUUUCCCUUUGAUAAAAUGGAAGAAGAAUGAGAUAUACACACAUUAUUUAACUUAUGAACAUGUGCUAAGUUAUUCUGUACUUAAUACCAUGUUCACUGAUCAUCCAGUUUUUAGUUACUUUAAUAAGAGCAAAUGAUGAAACCACGCCAACAAAAAUAACUAAAUCUGAAGUAUAUUACAUUAAUAAACCUUCAUAAAAUAACUAAACCAUAAUUUUGUUUACACUCCAAAUGGUUCACUCUAACCAUGAAACUUGGUAACCCUAAAGAAAAUUCACACCAGUGAUGAAUUUUGAAGAUUAUGUGACCAUAAUUCAACUGUUCCUGACAUUUCUGAUGCAUAUAUGUGUCUUUUAUCAUUCCAUGAAAGGAUUUUAUUCCUACUUCCUCUGAGGAAUGUAUAUAUUAUAUUCAAGUAUUAUUAGAUAUUAUGGUAAAUGUUUGACUAAUUCAUCUUUGAUAUCAGGCAAUGUAUAUAUUGACAUUCUACCAAAAAAGGCUACCUGUAUUAUAAACCUUUUUUCCCUUAAAAAAUUUUUUUUAAAUGUUGGAGCUGUUCUUUUUAGUGAUCACAUGGUCAAUUAAAACACUUCUUUUUAAAAAUCAAUAUUGAAAUUUUUCAUUGGCAACAAUAUGGUCUUGGACAAACUUAGAAUAGAUAGAGGGAAUUAUGUGUUGGAAAUCAUUUACCCCCGUAUUGCAUUUUAACUUGUGCAACUGUGUUCUAUCAAUCAGGGCAUUUUUAACCUAGAAAAUUUAAUACAAAAAUUGUAAUUACUGUUGUAUGUACUGGUGCAAUAAUUAUAGUUCUUUAGAAUUACGUGUGCUAUGCUAUUGUUAACCUGUAAGUUGUUUGUGUUACAUACAUGAUUUUUGUACGUGUAGAUUGAACUCAUUUUAAACCAAUAAGCUUCAUGUCCAUUCCAGCUGAAAAUAAUUCUUUAUAGAGAAAAAUAAAACAAAUACAUUUUGUACAUUGUACUAUUUUUCAUUGAUAUAUUUUGAUGUGUAUGAAUUACAUUUAUGUGAGGUAUGUAUAUUGUAAUUUAAUGCAAUUGUUUGUACAUGUAAUGUUCAUUUUGAAUUUAAAAGCACCACAAAUAUUGUGACACCAAUGCCACAAUGGAUUGUAAGGAAAAGUGCAUGUAAGCCAAAAGUAGUGUAAAUGGUUUUACAAUAUACAUUAUUCACUGUUCUCAUUCAGUUGCAUUAAAAUUGAGAUAACAGGUUUGUAUUUGAAAAUUUCCUGGCAUCAAGUUUUGAUUUGAUGGCCACACAUAUCCAAACAGGCUCUGCUGAUGCCUUGCCAGUUAACUCAAUUGGAGACCAUCAAUUUUGCAAUUGAUGCCCACAAAUCUAUAAUGUCAUCUAAGUUGUAUGUUUGUGUGUGUAUGAACAUUUUUAGAGAUUGUACAAAGCAUCCAAUUUCUUACAAAUCCAGUCGUAUUAUGGAGACAAUUUUUUUGUAUGUCAUUUUGUAUAUUGAAGUAUGAAAUGUAUGAGUUAUUAAGUGAUUUGUGAGUGUAAUUUUGCUAAUGCUUUGAUACUUUGUCAGUAUGGUAUAAAAUCUUUUAGUCAUUAAAUGAUUUGUCAUUGUA